AUGCCACAUGCCGACCCCCAACGCCUCCGCCACCUCUCCCAGCGCGGCCGGUUCGCGGAUGCCCUUUCUCUCCACAGACAACCCCUCGGCUGGGGACUUGGGACUUCCUCCCACCACGUUCGCCUUGUCUUCAACCCUCAAGGCCUGGGCCCGAAUUUUGUCAAAAUGGGCCGACCGACGACCCACAAACAUGUGCUUAAGAUCGAGUUGUGUGGAGCAAUCUUCGUUCAGAUGGCCCUUGUCGACUUCUAUUCGAAAUUGAGAGAUAGAGGCGUCCUCAAGUUUCUCUUGACGGCAACGCUGGAUAAGUCGACCUCCCUCAUAGGUGAGUAA